AUGGAGACAUCAGCUAAAACAGCUGUUAACGUCGAAGAAGCAUUUAUCAAGACAGCUCGUGAAAUUUGCAAUAAAAUUGAAGAAGGCGUCUUUGAUCUCACGAAUGAAAUGUCUGGCAUUAAAAUUCCUCGCAAACGACCUAUUGAGAAUCCAAAUGCUCGUAGUAAUGCAAAAUUAAAUCAAAGUAGUGGUUGUUGCAUGAAAAAUGAGCGCACAUCGUAA